CGAAAAAAUCCGGAAAACCAUCCGUGUCACCGGGAAUCAAAAUUGGCGAUCCAGAAUGGCGUGUUGAGUCGCGAAUGGCCUCGUUGCAAAGUUCACGGAAUCUACUACAAGGGAACGCGGCACAAAUAGGCGAAUAUCCUUCACUAACAGAAGCACAGCUGAAGACAGACCUUCGGCGCCACGAUUUGGGCGAAAGAUUUUCUCUCUUCCAGCAAGAGCAUUACGCUGGUAGAGGGUAUGGGAACGCGCAGUAUCGGAAUUCAAACACCUUGCGUCUGAUUCCAUCGGCACAAAGCCCUGGCGCGAUGGACGACUCAGCAUUCGCUAAAGCUCUAAUCGAAGACGACGCUGAGGACGGUGAGAACGAAGACGAACAGCAAGGGGGUGGAGGUUCCUGCGGCUUCGUGGCUGAUGCGAAUCGCACUGUCUGUUCUCGCGCUACGACAGCCUCAACAUGCAGGAACAGUGGACCCGCCCACAAUUGCCGCUGGGUAGAGGUGAAGGAUCCACCUAGUGGAGUCUGCUCCGGUUUGCUUUCGUCAGAUCCUACAUGCGAUCAACAUGGGAAAAUUGAUCAAGGAUCAUGCGAGUCGAAUGGCAACUGUCUUUGGCAAGUCCACAUCCAGGAGGAGUUCGGAGCCUGCCACAUAAACACCGCGAGCGCAGCCUGCACCGGCUUCUCCGAUCGUGAGAGCUGUGAAGGUGGUUCCAUUCCACCUUCGCCAGGAGGUGGACAGCGAUCGGCGAUCCAGAAAGAAACAGUUUGCGAAUGGCGGGAAGAAGAUACUCCUAAGGCGGAAACGGGAGGGACGGGAACUUCUACGUCGGCUGGCGCUAGUGGCAAUAACACUGCUGGUGGAAAAUGCAUCGUCAGGCAGAACACAGCGACUGUAUGCGCUGAGACACGUGAAGAGAAGGCGUGUAAACAGCUGCUUGGGCACGCGUGCACUUGGGACAGCACUGCUCCGAAACCAAAGCCAGGAAAAUGCCUCUACCAACCAGACAGUCGCCGUCAGCGGUGUCAGAAUUCUACAGAUUCGCUUUCUUGCGUUGGCACCCCUCCUCCAGGCGCGAAAGACCUGAAGAACUACGACGGAUCUGACAUUGUCGGAAGCAAGUCGAUUUUAGGCGAACAAGACUGGGGUAACUGCCGCUGGGUACUUCGGGACGGAGACGCCUUCCUUUUCGAUACGGGAUUGGCGGAUUCUGGAGGCGCGUCUGGUGCUAAUCUUGUAAAGCCUCAGGUCUAUUGUGCUGCGCGAAUCCAGCAUACUGCCCACGCCGACCUAGCACAGCAAGAGGCAAUCCGGAAAAUGUGCGAAUCAAAGGACGAAACCCGCUGUGAGCGCUAUGCUGCCUGCGAAUUGAAAGAUGAGCGAAAACGCCUUUGCCUUUACAACGAAGACCUCAAAACUUCGCGCUGUGGAUCAGCCAACAACGCAGUUAUCGGCAUUGAUCUCGAUGAUAAUGCCGAAAGAAAGCGACUCUGCGAGUCGACUCGUGCGUCUGUUGAUCUCGCUGAUGACGAAAAAUGCGUUUGGAAUCCGAAUGCGGGUUUAUGCGAAACUGCGUUACAGCAAUCUAAACGCCAGUGUGAUACACGAAAAGUCCAAGCGGGGAGUGAGGCUGAGGGAACGACUAAGAACUCAGAUGACGCCGGCUUAAGUACACCUGUAGUGCUAGUAGAGAAAGAAACGCGCCACACAUGUGAAGCCAGAGGUCCACAGUGUCGUUGGAUUCCGGACGAGGCUGCUCGAGAGCAACACGCACGCAAACUUGUGCUCCUAGCGCAAAGCCGCACUGCUGGAACUGUGGAGCAGCGUCAACGCGUCAGUCAACUACUGCUUCCAGCGUUUCCAGUGAAGUCGCUAGCUGAUGUUGAUAUCCAGGUGAGGCGGAAACGCACGACAGCAGAGGCUUGUGAGCGAGAGACGACGAUUGCAUCGCGAGCAUAUGCUGCGGAUAGAAGCGCGCACGAACAGGAGCAGAGAUUGCAUGAAAUUCAAAGUGACGUUGAUGUGGG